ACUCUACUUUUAAAAGUGUUAAAACUUAAAAGUACUUGUAUAAAAACAACUUCGCACGCUCUUGUCAAACCCUCGCCCAUUGCGUCGUUACUGACAAGGCAUCUACUGGGUUCCGCUUUCCGCAUGUGAAAAAAAUAAAGAUCCACUACCGGAUGCGUUUAGUUUUGGUUUUAACUCAACUUGCUGUCAACCCGGAAAGAGGCUGCGCUUGGGGCACAGGGCUCGGCUUUCGGCGCGGAGCUUUCAUCUGUUUUCGCGGAUAAAUGAACGCACGUUGUGUGUGUAUCGUGUUCCGAUAGAGCGCCGAAUAACACGCACACACACAGCAGAACGCGGAUGAGUCACCAGCCUUUGGGAUUUUGGAAGUGAAAUCUGGGACAUGCCUUACCUGGACAGACAAAAUCGGACCUGUGGAUUCCUGGAUAUUGAGGAAAAUGAGAACAGUGAUAAGUUUUAUCGGCGUUAUUUUAUCUUGGAUACUCAUGAGAAUUUUCUCCUCUGGUAUAUGGACAAUCCACAGAACUUACCUCCGGGAACAAAGUUUGUUGGAAGUUUACGACUCAGUUACAUUUCAAAGGUUAAUGAAGCAUCAGUAAAGCAGAAACCAAAAGCAGAAUUCUGCCUUGUAAUACAUGCAUUGUCCAGACGGUACUUUCUGCAGGCCAAUGAUGCUAUGGACUUGAAGGAAUGGGUCGUUGCUCUGAAUAAUGCCACCAAAAUUACAGUUCCAAAAGCAUCACCAGUGACCCAAAGCUCUGAUGCCACAAAUGUUUCAAACCCAAGUCAGUCAACAUCUCGACAGGCGUAUAAAACAGAAAUUGUGGGAGGUGUGGUUGUGCACACGCCAGUCCAGCAGAGUGAAAAUGAGGACGUCUUCACGAGUGAACUAGGAUCACACGUCACUUUAAGGAGAUGUCAAAGUGUGCGUCCAAAUGUCAUGAGGUCUGGCUACUGUGUCAAGCAAGGCAAUGUGAGGAAAAGCUGGAAGAGGAGGUUUUUUAUUCUAGAUGGCCAAACUGUGAGCUACUAUAAAUCUGAAAUGGACAAAGAACCAUUGCGCAGUAUUCGAUUGCAGGAUGUGAUGAAAGUUAACGAGUGUCUUGUGAAAUCAGGAGAUCUGCUGUCUCGUGAUAACCUUUUUGAAAUCAUCACCAAUACCAGAACCUUCUACAUCCAGACAGACACCCCAGAAGACAUGAAGGGCUGGAUCAAGGAUAUAUCCUCAAAAAUUCAAGACUUUAGAGGGCCAUCUAAGUUGCACUCUUCCGGCAAAACCUUUUCUGCGCAGAGGAAGCCUCAGCUUGUGAAGUCCUGCUCCACUGCAGAUUCGUGGCAGCCGUGGACUCCGGUGCCCAAUCAGGAGAAGCAUUUGAAGGAAGAGGGUCAGAGAGAAGGGCCGUACAGCUCUCUUCCCUCACUCUCACACAUGGGCCACAUCUUUCAGUCAACAACUCGACAAUCUCGACAACGACACCAUUCCCAGCCUCAACUCGCUCCCAGCGAAACAGACUUUCCUGACAGUCUUGACAAUCUCCGCUCCACUGAUGUUUAAGUUGCUUUAAUGGAUACUGCUGGCCAGCACUUGGAUAGUGUUAUGAUUUUAGCCUUUUGAUUGUUGCUUUUCUUGUUCAGUGGUGCGCACACAAGUGCUUCAGUCAUUGCAAUGCUGCUCACUUACUCUAAAGGAAUAGUUCCCAAAUUUAGUUCCUAAAUAGUACCCAAAAAUUCUGUCAUUAUUUACUCAACCUCCUGUCAAGCUCCGACAAUUAAUGUAUGGCAAGAAUUGUGCACCAAUUCUUCAAGCAAUUACUGUUGUCUUUCUACAGAAAAAACUAAAUAAUUUUGGAACAAAAAAAACAAAAAAAAUGGUUUGGAACGAUAUGUAGAGGAGAAUUGUCAUUUUGGCUGAACUAUUCCUGUCAAAGAAAGUGUCGUUUUAUGUAUGUAUGAAUGUAAAAUUAGGAAGGAUCAUCUGGUGAAGACAUUUCAUGUGUUGUAUUGAUAUAGUAAAUUCCCCAAGACAAAGUGGGGUCUGAAAGUCUGAGACAACUUGUGAAAUGCUUUUAUUUUGUAUUAUGUAAUAUACUGUAUGUGUAUAAUGAUAUUUUCAGCUCAGAGUUGAAAAAACAAAACAUUGUCUUAGUAUUUGGUAGAUCCAUCUUUUGCUUUAAUGACAGCAGUACUAGAGCUGACAUGAACUGAACUUGUUAUCCAGCAUGAUUUAAGAAUGUCCCAAAGAGCAUCUUGUGCACUGCAAUGAAAAUGUGCUUUUUUGAUUAUUUUGCUUUGUUUUACAUCAUAACUUUGUUUUUAAAAUAUGAAAUAUUUACAUUUCAAGAUAAAAAAACUCAAUUUUCAGUGUGGUCUCAAACUUUUGGACCCGCUUGUACACUUGAAAGUAAUGUUGGUACGUGUGGUAGACUUCAGUCAAGGCAAAUGGACUUAUUUUGAAGACAUUUUGUUUUGUUUUUUUUUUCCUCAAUAUCACUAAUGAAGGCGCUUGAACGAUUAGGUAAACUUCGACUAGACAUUCUAUGAUGAUUUUCGUGACUGAAAACAUUUUAAAAUCGAUUGCUUUGAAAUGCCUGAAAAUGUUAAUAGAAUUCUUCCUUUUGUUGUUGUGAAUGGUACUACAUGUUGAAAAGUAGGUAAUGUUUCUGUUGCUCAAACUACUUGUUUUUUAUAUGCGUCAUUGCUAGAUAUGCAUCAUCGCUUUGCACAUGAAAUAAACCAGACCUUGAAGGAAAGAAAA